AAUUUUUUUCCUUUGUUUAAACAAACUCUAACACUGCUUUGGCCUAAACCCUUGCGGCCUUUCCAUCUGAAUAAUUCCCAUCUCUAAUCACUUCUUCUUUCCAAAAUUGGGGAAUUUUUGAGACCUUGAUCAUACCCUUUUCACAUUUCUUUCUUAUUUGAUAUUAGGUUUACGGUGUUGAAGAGCAGAAUUUGAUUUAACUUUUGAGAGGAUGAAGUUUGGAGAGACUUUCAUGGAGUAUCUACAUGGAGACAAUCAGAGUUUUUUGGAUAAAUUAUCUCAUGUUGAAUACAAGAGGCUUAAGAAAGUUCUAAAGAGCUGCAGGGCUUGUCAAAGUGAGCAAGAUCAACGAGAUAAGGACAAUUCCAAUUUGUCUCACUUGUGCCAAUGUCAAUCUUGUCCAUUGUGUGAUCAGAUGUUCUUUACUGAACUGAUGAAAGAAGCUUCAGAUAUAGCUGGAUGCUUUAGAUCCAGAGUUAGACAUCUCCUCCAUCUUCAUGUUGCUAGAGGAAUGCAAAGAUAUGUAUUGAGACUACGCCAGUGUUUUAAAAAUGAUCAGCAAGCCAUGGUAGAACAAGGGCAGAUGUUGAUUGAAUAUAUUACAAUGAAUGCAAUUGCUAUCUGUAAAAUCCUAAAGAAAUAUGAUAAAGUGCAUAGCUCUGUCAAUGGUAAGAAUUUCAAGUUGAAGAUGAGGGCUGAGCACCUAGAGCUUUUGUGGUCACCUUGGCUAAUAGAGUUGGGAGCCUUUUAUUUGAAUUUUAAUGGAUCAGAUGGUGGUGAACUUAGUGAAUUUUGUGGUCAUUUUUCCUGUGAUCUCAAUGCUACAGAACCUGUCAUAACGCUGAGGCUUCCAAAUUCUGCAAAGCUAGAGUAUAGUCUAACUUGUGCCAUUUGCUUGGAGACAGUUUUUAAUCCAUAUGCCUUGAGCUGUGGGCAUCUUUUUUGCAAGUCUUGUGCAUGCUCAGCAGCUUCUGUAUUGAUAUUUCAAGGCCUUAAAGCUGCAACUCCAGAUGCAAAGUGCGCAAUCUGCAGGGAGACUUCAUUACCAGGAACCUAGUCCUCUACCCUCAGUGUCUGAUGUCCUAUCGCUGCUUGCUGCUAUUUUCCCUUCCCAAUAAUAAUAGAGUCCACAUCGGUUCUUAUAUUUUAUGUGCAGAGAAUUAAUUGUACAAUAUAAUUCUGCAUUUGGAUUGGAAUAGAAGCAAUGACAAGAUUCUGAUGCUUUUAGGUUUAGGAAAUACUGCAACAGUUGAAUCCCUGCACUCUAAUCUUGGAUGGUUUCCAGCUAAAUCACUAUAUACAGAUGCUUAUUUGGAAUGAGAACUGAAGCAGAAAUAUUUUUACCUUUUCAUAGAUAUGAAGUAGGAGGGAGGCUUU